AUGGAAGAGGUUGAGGAAGGUGAUGCAGCUGCAGGCCCCAAAGCUGGUGCCGCUCAAAAUCGGAAGAUGAGGCUACGCCUCCCCAAGUUCGGCAAAGCCGAGGAGGAUCCCGAGGAAACAAGAGAGCCAAUGGACAGGAUGCGAUGGUGGGAGCUAACCUUCUCCAUCAGGGGCUUUGAAAAUGUUACAGUUGAGACCCUCAAGCUCUUCUGGACUGUGUCGCUGGGAAGCGAAAAUCCCAAGAAGCAUCGCAAUCGAGAUGCUUGUCUAAAUGGCCGCCUGAGUAGUGCCGGAGCAUACAAUGUACAAGGAACCGCAGCACAUGGUUGCUGUGAGCUUCGUUCGGCAGGUGGGAAGUGGUAUUCAUCUGAGGUGCGCUUGCAAACGAAGUUUUCGUCCAUCUUCACGCUUGAGAAGGGCAAAGUUUUCACGGCAGACAAUCCAAUAUUGAUGUACGAGAGGAAGACGUUCGGACUUUCCUACAAGGAGCAACUGUCCAAAAAUGUGCAGCCCAAGGAGUUGGACAAGCAUGUGGUCAAGGUCGACAUGUGGAGAGUGUCCUGCUGGACUUUCAACGAAUACUUUGGCCUGAAGAAGCAAAAGCUGUCUCUCAUUGCGAAUCGCGAUCCGAACAUGGAGCUACGUAUCUUGAGAAAGCUAUCUCGGAAGCAAAUGGCCGACAAAAAGAAAGCCAAGUCAGUGGCUGACGUGGCACUGUACAGAUGCACCGUAAACCUCGAAGAAAUCUUCGACUUCGAUUUGUUCUGCGAGAACUGGACGUUGGAACUUCGACGAGCCAGUCCGGAGUACACGAAGAUGAAAGAAGAGCGUAAGCGCUUGACUUUCACCAUGCCUCGGGACAGACGAACACUUCCUGGGCAGCGACGAUAUCUUGGCAGGGGUGCCGCAUCGCAAACUGUGGAGUGGAACCAACAGGAUGGUCGCUUCUUCUGGCCGAGCUGCGGGAAGUUCGUCUUCCGAGGUACACGGACUCACCUGCAGAACUCCUACUUCAUCGUCUCGGUUUUGACUGGAAAGCCUCCGGCGUUUCUCGCGGACAACGCGACUGUACAGAGAUUGGAGAAACAUGCACCUGCACAACCUCACCGAGUUCUCGGCCGAUGUCUACUCAACCUAACUUCGGUGUUGGACAUGUCCGUAUUCCAGGGGAAGGUCAAGAGGUUCACGGCAGAUCAUGAUCGCUACAUUGUCGGUGAUAUCAACGGCAAUGUCAAGUGUAUACUGCGUUCCAAAGGCAUGAAGGAGCCCGAGUUAGACUUCCGCACCAACCGGCCGGAGCAACUCAAAACUGCCACUACUGUGUCCCACUUGAACCGAUACGAAAGGUACUUAGUGGUGCGCAUCAAGAAAUGUGAAGCACUGCCCGUGGCGGACUUUGACACAAGCAGCUCAGAUCCAUAUCUACGUUGCACCUGGGACAAUAUGGUUAUGCUUUCACCAGUCGUCAAGCAAUCGCUGCGCCCCGUUUUCAACCAAAGCUUUUACUUCCCUGUGAGGGUGGUGUUUCCUGAGAUGCGGAUGGGCUCCAAGGCAGAGAAGAAGCACCAAGAUACAAUCCUCAAGUACGAACUGACCAGCAAGGGCUUCGUGCAAAUUCAGGUGUGGGAUGACGACGUGACGUCAGCGGACUGCCUUGGUGGAUGUCAGGUUACCCUGGGUGAUAUUCUGAACGUCAGGGCGACCCAGAAGCGCACCCUUCUGGGUCCUCUGAAAUCAGAAAAGAAGGACGACGACGAGGAGGAGAAUGAGCUGGAAGAGAAGCAAGAACGACACAACCAGUGGUAUGAAGAGCCGAGGUCCGUGCGUGUAUAUGAUGGGAGCAAGACAGCCUUGGGCCAAUCAGCUUUGGCCAACAAAGAUGCUGCUCUCAUACAUUUCGAGGCUUACUUCUACCCAGAUUGGGCUGAAACUCUUCGAUUCGAAGAUGAAGUGCACGAGGCUGAUACGGAAUCUGUCUGGGCCAAGAAAGAGGAGGAAUGGACCAUCCGGAACAGGCAAAAGGCUGAAGACUAUGCUUUGCCUUUCCCGGAUUCAAUUGGGGCCAAGAGGCCCAAAGAGGAGAGCAUGAUGCAAACCGCCGACUCACUUCGACGUUUCCCCUGCAUCGGUCUCCAUCCGCUGACACGUGUUGAAACGCCGCUGAUGGCUUUCGUUUCGCCGAUCAUUGUGCCGGAGGAAUGGAGCUUUCCCGCAAAGAUGCUUGAAUGGGUGCAUUGCUUAUCAUUCGAGAUUACCCAGCGCCAAGCUCGCACAGGUCUUAUUCCGACUGACGGCUGGAAGGACCCCGAGUAUGUCCUGGCGCGACGCAAGGGAGCACCGCAGGACCACUCAGUCCUGCUUUGCUCGCUUCUGCUUGGCUGCAAAGAGGAUGCCUACGUCGUCAAGGGCACUGUCUACUCGAAAGAUCCUGUUGCCACUAUUGACAAGGCAGACCAACUCAUCGAGCACACCUGGGUGAUGACACGCCAUAAAGGUUGGGUAACAUUCUGGGAACCUUGCAGCCGGCAGAUCUAUCACCUGCCAAAUCGUUACGACCCAAAGAAAGCGAGGAGAAGAAAAACAGAGCACACCUUGGGAAAGGAAGACGACAAAGAGGAAGACGAGGAGGAGGAAGAACAGGACGAAGACACAAAUCUGGAGAAGCAGCAGUGGGAAGGGGAAGCAGAAGAUUCCCGAGUCCAUUUGGAGGACAUGGAAAGUCUGCCCACUGUGGGGCGUAUGCCCAAGCCCAAGAUGCGUUCAGAUAAAGGCAAGAAGAAGGAUGAGGAACCGGGGCGUGAAAGGCUAAAGCGAGAACUCGUCGAGCAGCGUGAGGGCCUCCUGAUUGCUCCGAAACGGAAGAUGCUGCAGGAAGAUACCCUGGUGACGUGGCUCCCGUACGACUCCAUAGAGGUUGUGUUCAAUGACAAGAAUGCGUGGGCAAAUCGUCAGAACCACCAUCCAGCUUGCAUUUCAUACGAGUCCUGCUGGCAGUUUGAGGGCUUGAUCAGUGAAACCUCCGCGGAGCAUGCGCAGCCAAGUGCAACGACUUCGAUGAUACAGACGCAGAAAGCCCUCCGUGGGAACCAUUCCUCAGUGCUGAUGACGAAGCGACUCCUGAAAGAAAGCUUUGCGCAUGUCGGCAGGAGCCUCCACUUCCAGCCGAUUUGCCCGAAUGUUUCGGUUCAGCCGGAGCUGCGGCCAUCUAUCAUUGAUGAACUCCAGGAUGAUUUGCGAGCGCCAGUUGCAUUUGUCGUUUGUGGCUUCGUGGCUGGGCAUCUUGUCGUCCGCCUGGCAGCUUCGCAGAGAUCCCACCUGGAGGAGCUCAUGCACCAGCUGCGACUCUUCUUGGAGAUCCAGGAGCUUUGGAGACAGAUUGAUCCUGACAGUCCUGCCGCUUCCAGGGUCCUCGAGGGAUAUCGUGAGAUUCCAAACGACUACCCCCGGGAGCAGAUGACAGACCAGCAGAAGUGCAUCGCCUUUGUGCUGUGUUCUUCAACUUUGUUGGCACGUGGCCCCAGUCAGCUAUUGCGAUACAGUCGAAUCCUAAACCUUCGAGUCUGGAAUCGGCACGGGUCUCCUUUCUUCGACAGUGGUUACAAGGAUUAUGCCAAAGAGCAGGAUCGCUUGUGGAAGUCGCUUGAGCGCUUGUGCCACGAUUUCCAGAAGAAGGAGGACAGUUUCCCCAUCAAGCGGGGGAAAAAAUUCAGCGGUCUUCCGGUGCAUUUUUGCACCUCCGAUCAAGAGAGUAUUCGACAAUACCUCAUGGAGAUCAAUGAGUAUAAGCAAAUCAUUGACACGGACGAAGAGGACGUCUUUUACACGAUCGAGUGCAGAAUCCUUGGUCGUCUUGGCGGGGUCCUUUCAGUCUGGCUCUACGUCGGCAUUCAGGAGCCUCAAAGAGAGACCGAUUUCGAUGAGGAGUUGUGA